CUUGCUCUAUUUGCUAACUCUUCGUGUGCUCAAUUAGCUUACCUUCGUUUCUGCACAAUAAUCUUCUCGGUCUGCGUUCAUUAAACACUGCAACGACAUUGUCUUUGACAUUCACUACAUAUCCUAUCUAUCACUAUCAUUCGUGCUGUUCUCACUAUGAAGAACUUGUUCGCUUUUCUUGUGAUCAGCCUAGCCGGUCAGCAGGUCACAGCGACCUGGAAUCUGUUUGGCACUCCGUUCAAAUCACCCAACUAUAACGACAACGAAUGCAAUGAUAAACAGAAGAGCGGCUUCAACUGGUCCGAUCUCAAGGAAGGUAUUUCCAACUUCCAAUAUGGCGAUUUCGACUUCUCUGGUGGCUGGACAUGCGCAAAUUCCUUCAACAAGCGCGAUCAUAUCAGCAAGCGCACUUUCGGCUCAAAAUGUAUCAAGAACAAGGUUCGGAAGGACAAAUUCGCAUCAUUCGGCUGUGAUAAGAGGAAAUCAGGAUUCUCGAUUGAUUACAUCGACGUUUCUGUCGAGUUUGAUGUCGAUCUGGACUUACAUUACAGAAUGGGAGACGGUUCUACCUGCUAUUCAACUUGGAGCUGUAAAGUGGGUGGGAGCACGAUCAAAAACUCCCAAUGUGGUGGUGCAACAUCCGUAGAAGUUUACCUUGGUAGUCGCUUCAGCGGCGACCAGAAAGAGUGUGAGAUUGGCUUCCACAAUAUUGGGUUCCAAUGCAAUAGUGGGACGAUCUAUACGUCUCCAACUGUUGGAACUCCUUCAUCGACAACACCGACUGUGUCCCAGCCUGGGUCUACAGCACCACCUACUGAGACGACGGUAUCUUCUUGCGAGGUCAUGCUUACCCAGCCGCCGGUGUCCACUACAAGUGCUCUUUGUGAUGGAAGUUCUUGCAAUUCUCUACCCCCUGUUACCACUUCGACCAUCGAGACAUCAACUCAACCCCCGGUUCCGUCGAGCCCGCCAGCCUCCUGUGAAGGCGAGUCGUGUAAUAAUCAACCACUCGUCUCCACAGCCGUGAUCGGAACGCCACCGGUCUCCUCCAAUUUGAUCGAGACACUCUCUACCUCUUUUAGUCUUUUCGAGUCAACACCUGUCCCUUCUACCCCAAUUGAAACGCUACCUGGUUCCUCUGUUCUGACUGAAACGCCGCCUGCCUCUCAGACAAUCCCAUCCACCGGAACGCCUAGCAUUCCAUGUAAUGGAGGUUAUGGUGAAGACUGCAGCACUUCGGCGGUGACAUUACCUGCUUCUUCCUCUCUGAUUGAGACACCGCCUGCUUCUCAAACUACCUCAUAUAUCGGGACAUCGAGCAGUUCGUGCGACGGAAGCUAUGGGGAAGAGUGUACCACAUCAUUUGUGACAAGUACUUCCGUGAUGACGCAAGAAUCAAGCACACCUUCUAGUGUUGUCCCUUCCACCGCCAGCUCGGCGCCAGUUUACACAUCCUCCUCUUCCCCUCCAGACACUCCCCCGGUUGGCCAGAGCAGCAGUGUGCCGCCACAAUCACAAGUAUCUAUUGUAGUUCCGCCAGUUUCUUCGCCAAGUGGCUCUCUUUAUACUCUCAAGAGCACUAGCGCAUCUUCUCCUUGCUAUGGAGGAUAUGGCGGAUCUUGCGAAGGCUCCACCACUGCUAUAUCGAACCCGUCAACGAGCACUGGAAUCUCCGCCUCAUCACCUCCUUUAGUCAGCAGUACAACCCCCAUUCUAGGAACCUCCAAUUCGACUUCUCCCAUACCGUCAAGUACCGGUACACCUCCCUCCUCGAAUCCGCCAGACGUCCUGCCUAGGUGCAUGAAUACAUGGAUACAAGUGGACUCAACCGGCUGCAAGGACAACACCGACUCAAACUGCUACUGCAAGAUCAAAGACUUCACCAAAAACGUCAUUGACUGCGUCUCAGCCUGGUGCAGCAACGACGCCGAGACAAAGCAGGCUCUCGAGUAUCUCAUCGGUAUCUGCGCCGACCACGUCUCGGAAAACCCAGGCAUCGUAACCGACUGUCCAAGCUACAUUCCCCUAACCCCAACGACGUCCACCGCAAGUAUCAGCAAAACUGCGAGUUCGGCAUCCGCCGUAAAAACGCCAUGCACAACCAUUACGGUUGGAACAAUGGAGAUUACGGUCCCGCAGGUUCACUUCUCAACGCAAAAGGGUGUGGCUGACUCCAAUCCCACCCAGACUGUUGGCCUUGUUCCUGGUACUGCGCCUGCACAAACGUCGGCUUCGACGACUGCUUCGCGUUAUCCGAUGGGCUCGACGAUGGCUACUUUUGCUCCAACAGGUAUUGGGGCUAAUUCUACGUCAUCUGCGGAGUUUACGGGUGCUGCUUCGCUGUUUGGGAUUGAGAUCGAGUACGCUUUCCUUGGGGCUAUGCUUGCUUUUGUUGCUCUGUGA